AUGGCAGAAGCGGCUCCUUCUCAGACCGAGCAGAACGCGCUGACAUCUGAUGGCUACUAUGAUCCUGCUCGCAUUGAGGGUGUCCUGCGACACCAACUUGCGGAGCUCUAUGGCAUGAUCACCGCCUACAACAAGAAGACGGUGGACUUCUGCACGCACCACUACGAGGUCUGCAAGCAGGCGCAGAUGGAGAACCACGAGCUCCGCGCCAGGAUGGCAGUCAUGAAGAACUCAGUCUCCACGAAGAACAAGAACAACCGGGAUGAUGCACCGCUGCAGAACCUCAUGUCCAAGCAGCACUUGCAGGCCACCAAGCUGCUGGUGCGCAAGGACUGCGAGGUGCGCAACGCGGCGGUGGAGAACGCGGCGCUCAGGGACCAGUUGGUGCAGACCCAGAGGAUGAUGCACCAGAUGGAGGGCGAGCGAAGAUCUGCCACCGCGGACGGCAGCUCUUAUCAGAUGUCCCUUUGUGAGGUUGAGUCACCGACUUCCUCUCCCAUGAACAGGCCCCAGAGUGGCCGGGUUGUGACCUCCGCGCCCAAGCCUGCCUUUGAGGCGCCUACGAACUCCACGUUGUCGCUGACGAAGAGCUCCAUGGGCGUUGCGCCGCGAGGUGAUCUCGUGCAGGAGAUCAAACUCCCGGGGACGCUCUUCGAUGACGGGGUCAUCUUCAACUCCGACUCUGAGGACUCGUCGGACGAGGAGGAGGAGAACGAAGACGAGGCGAAGAAAAACGGAGUGAGGCGAAGAUCGGGGGUCUUGGACAUGAAGCGGCGCUUGCAGCACAUGCUGGCCUCAAGUGCCACCAGCGUCACGGACCUAUACCACAAGGAGGGCUGCGCACAGCGCAUCGCGCGGCACCCCUGGUUCGACAUCACGGUGAUGUGUGCGAUCACUUUGAAUUCCUUCUGGCUUGGAAUCGAUGCAGCGUGGAAUGACUCGGACGUGCUCAUCCAGACUGAUAUCAUUUUCCUUGUCAUUGAGAACAUGUUCUGCGUCUUCUUCGUCAUCGAGCUGGUCAUUCGCUUCGCAGCCUAUCAGAGGAAGAUGUCGGCCUUUCGAGAUGUCGAAUGGGUCGUUGACCUCGUGCUGGUGCUUUUGAUGGUCUUGGAGAUCUGGGCUUUGGCCAUCAUCCAGCUAGCGACGAUGUCCGGCACUCCCUCGACCUUCAACCCAGCGUUUCUGCGGUUGACGCGAGUCUUCAAGUUCUUCCGGAUGGUGCGCCUGGUGCGUUUGCUGCGCUACAUGCCGGAGAUCAUCAUCCUGGUGAAGGGCCUGGGAGUGGCAUCCCGCUCGGUCUUCUUCACGUUGUGCCUCCUGGGACUGCUGAUCUACGUAUACGGCAUCGCCUUCAAGCACCUGUGCAAGGAGACGCCGGUGGGGCUAGAAUACUUCAAUACCCUGUCGGGAUCAAUGUUCACGCUCCUCUACAGCGCCUGCUUCUUCGACGGGAUCCAUGCACUCGCGCAGAUGAUGUUUGCAGAAAGUAUCAUUUUCGGAGGCUUGCUCAUGUCGUUCCUGCUAUUGGCCCCCUUGACUGUGAUGAACAUGCUGGUGGGCGUCCUCGUGCAGGUCUUGCAGGUGCUGUCCCAAGUGGAGAAUGACUCCAUCACUGCCACAUUCCUUCGUGAGCAGACCGUGAAGGUCUUCAAUCUGAUGGACAUCAACAAUGAUGGGAAGGUUGACAUAGAGGAGUUUUCGCGACUGGUGAAGCAGUCCGGGAUGGUGAAGGCCCUGCAAGAGGCGGACAUCGACGUGGCGGCGUUGAUCCAAGAGGCGGACCUGAUCUUCAAUGGUCAAGAGCGGUUGGACAUCGAUGAGUUCGUGUCUCAGAUUCAGGCCUUCCGGCGAACGAAUCAGGUCACCAUCAAGGUGCCCUGUUCGUGGCAAGGGUACUACGUUUGGUCUCAGCUCUGCCUGCAGAUCCGGGACCAGCCCUUCCUGCUGGCAGAGGAGGGCGACCUCACCGCUCGACGUGAACGAGCUUGGGACCGGGGCAUUGGGAUGGAAGGCGUCGGAUUCAGAGGGUCCAACCCGAAGGACGGGGUCAUGGGCCUGGGGCGGAAGCGGCCGCUGACCGGCGGCCCGAGUCUGCAUCAAAGUCUGGUGGCGCAAGGCCGUCCGGCCACGUACAUCCUGGCCCCGCAGACUGGACGGUACUUAGAGGAGAAGGCCGGGCGCCUGGCGCUGGGUGUGGCCCCGGAGCGCCUGGAGUACAUCGGGCCCUUCACCUGGGUGGAUGUCUUGAACAGUGCUGGCUCGGCCAAGGGAGGCUGGAGCUUCCUCGCCACUGGCAAAGUGAACGAUUUGCCUCCGCGACCUGUUAUGGCAAUGAUCGAGACGGGCACAUCCUACCUGUUGGUGCCAGCCAAGGAGUACUUGAGCAUUGUGCGGUCUUUGGUUCCCACCUUCGACCAGCACUGCGGCUAUGAUGAGGAAGUGGGCAAUAUCGUGGUCUGUGACUGUGAGGCGAAGAACAGCGUCACCGGCGAGGUGGUGCUCCAGAUUAACGCCAGAGAUGGCGAGGAGUACAAGCUGCAGCUGAAUUCGCGCAACCUGCUGCAGGAGGCUCCAGCCAAGAGGGAUCACAAGCACUGGAUGGCCAACAACGAGGAGGUCUGCGUCCUGCAGAUCCAGCAGCUCCCGGCCAACGACAGGGACAGCGCCUACGGGAUCUUGGGCCAUCCCUUUGCGGAUCGAGGCAGCGGCCAGUAA